GCUGGCUCUCACGUGAGGGUAGCCCACCCCGCAUCCUCCCCGCGUCGUGCCCCGGGAGGGAAGGGGCCGCGUUGGCCCCCCGCCGCCGGCGCCGAGUCGCCCGCUGACGUCAUCCGGAGCCCCGCCCCCUCAGGGUCCCAGGCCCCUGCGGCGGGGGCCGCCGGGGGAGUCAGUUGAGGCGGCGGGAGCUCCGCGGAGGGCGGGCCAGGUGACUGGUCCGGGCCAUGCCGAGGAAGAAGCCCUUCAGCGUGAAGCAGAAGAAGAAGCAGUUGCAGGACAAGCGAGAGCGGAAGCGAGGUCUUCAAGAUGGGCUGCGAUCCAGUUCCAACAGCCGCAGCGGGAGCCGGGAGCGGCGGGAGGAGCAGACCGACACCUCAGAUGGGGAGUCUGUGACCCAUCACAUCCGCAGGCUCAACCAGCAGCCUGCCCAGGGUCUGGGCCCGCGAGGCUAUGACCCGAAUCGAUACCGACUGCAUUUUGAGCGAGACAGCCGGGAAGAGGUGGAGAGGAGAAAGCGAGCUGCCCGGGAGCAAGUGCUCCAGCCGGUCAGUGCUGAGGUGCUGGAGCUGGACAUCCGGGAGGUCUAUCAGCCUGGUUCAAUCCUGGACUUUCCCCGCCGUCCUCCUUGGAGCUAUGAGAUGUCCAAGGAGCAACUAAUGAGCCAGGAAGAGCGGAGCUUCCAGGAGUAUCUUGGGAAGAUUCAUGGGGCUUAUGCCUCGGAGAAACUCAGCUACUUUGAGCACAAUCUAGAGACGUGGAGGCAGCUGUGGCGGGUGUUAGAGAUGUCUGACAUUGUCCUGCUUGUCACUGAUAUCCGACAUCCAGUUGUGAACUUUCCACCAGCACUUUACGAGUAUGUGACCGGAGAACUUGGCCUGGCCCUGGUGCUGGUCCUGAAUAAGGUGGAUCUGGCCCCACCGGCUCUUGUGGUUGCCUGGAAGCAUUACUUCCACCAACAUUAUCCCCAGCUCCACAUCGUCCUUUUCACCUCCUUCCCGAGGGACCCCCGCGCCCCACAGGAUUCUAGCAUUUUGAAGAAGAGUCGGAGGCGGGGGAGAGGUUGGACUCGAGCCCUGGGGCCGGAGCAGUUGCUGAGAGCCUGUGAAGCCAUCACUGCGGGGAAGGUGGACUUGAGCAGCUGGCGGGAGAAGAUCGCCCGGGAUGUGGCUGGGGCCACCUGGGGUAAUGGCUCCGGGGAGGAAGAUGAGGAGGAGGAUGGGCCGGCGGUUCUGGUGGAGCAGCAGACUGACUCGGCAAUGGAGCCCACUGGCCCGACUCGGGAGCGCUACAAGGACGGGGUGGUGACCAUCGGCUGUGUGGGUUUUCCCAAUGUGGGGAAGUCCUCGCUGAUCAACGGACUGGUGGGGCGGAAGGUAGUGAGUGUUUCCAGAACUCCAGGCCACACCCGAUACUUUCAGACCUACUUCCUCACACCCUCCGUGAAGCUCUGUGACUGCCCGGGCCUCAUAUUCCCCUCCCUCCUGCCCAGGCAGUUGCAGGUCCUGGCAGGGAUCUACCCCAUCGCCCAAAUCCAAGAGCCGUACACUGCCGUGGGCUACUUGGCCUCCAGGAUCCCUGUGCAGGUCCUGCUCCACCUGCGUCACCCAGAGGCCGAGGACCCCUCGGCGGAGCACCCCUGGUGUGCCUGGGAUAUCUGUGAAGCCUGGGCAGAGAAACGUGGUUACAAGACAGCCAAGGCGGCGCGGAAUGACGUGUACAGAGCAGCCAACAGCCUCCUGCGUCUGGCGCUGGAUGGCCGCCUCAGCCUGUGUUUUCAACCCCCGGGCUACAACGAACAGAAAGGCACCUGGGAGUCCCAUCCGGAGACCACGGAGCUGGUGGUUUUGCAGGGCAGAGUGGGGCCUUCGGGUGAUGAGGAGGAGGAGGAAGAGGAAGAGCUGAGCAGCUCCUGCGAGGAGGAGGGAGAGGAGGAUCGGGAUGCAGAUGAGGAGGGAGAAGGGGAUGAGGACACCCCAACCUCAGCCCCGGGGUCCGGCCUGGCCGCCCGAAACCCUUUUGCUCUGCUGGGCGAGGACGAGUGCUGAGUGCCUGCCUUGCGCCAUCUUCCCCUUCCACUGUCUUUGCUUUUGGACUGACCUGGGCACCUCCCUCUGCUGCCCCGAUUGUGAAUAAAGAUUGUCUGCUUUGUAGCCCCUUCCCCAGAUGGGCUGAGAGACAGCGGCCAGCAGCCGACAGUGUGGAGGCUUCUCUCCUGUUUCCCUGCAGCUGCUUUGCCAGGAAGUUCUUUGUGGAGUAAAUGCAGUGGGCUCUGUGGCCCGCCCCCUUGUCCCCUCCCACUGGCACCCUCGGAGUCCAUAGCCCUGGGGAGGGGACCUGUUGGCUUCUGCAGCCUUGGUCUACACCUAUCCCCUCUGUGUCAUCCCUUCGGGCUGGGCAGCCUGUGCGCCCCCUGCUGCCAGACCCAGGUUAUACCAGUAGCUUCUGGAGAAGAAGCAGUAAGAAAGUUACAGGUUGAUGUCUCCAAGUGAGAUGUUUAGAGGAUUUAUUUAAAUUCAACAAAUAUUUCUUGUGGGUCUCUUGUGUGCCUGGAUCCGUGCUAAGCACUGAGCAUACAAAGAUGUGCGAACAGGGCCUGAUGUGAAUUUGCAUCCUGGCCAUGGUCAGACCCUGAACUCAGGCACCCAGGUUUUGGGAUUAAGACGGGUGUGUAAUGUUCUCCAAAUAUUUGGGGCCCAUACAAUAUAAUUCUAGAACUUCCUGUUGAUGGGAAUAUUUAGUUAAGACUAAAUGCUUGUAAAAAUUAUUAAAUGUGUACGAGUAGAGUCUUAAUUACUACAGUCAACUAGCGUGCACAUUGAUGGUUGGAACAGAGCACGCUAGGUACACGGUUAAGUGCUUAUUUAAAAGCCCAUGCUCACUAAGGGGGUGAGACGCAAAGGGGAGGCAGAGAACCAGCUCCUGUGGCCAUGUGUCCUGGUUUGGGAGCCACAGUGACCCCCCGGUGUCAUGUGCUUUUCAGCUAGAUCAGUUUUUUUAUUUAUUUAUUUAUUUUUGACUUGUAUUGUGUAGAAGA